GGGAAGGGGCGGAGGCUGAGCUGAGCCGCGCGAGGGCCGGAAGAUCUCUCAGGGGCCCUGGCCUAUUUGCAGGUGCGCUCUCCACCAUGGCCGAGGCUGGCCGCCCCCCGCUAGCCCGCGUGCUCCUGCAGCAGUGCCUGCAUGCCAAGCUGCAAGUCCGUCCUGCCCAAGACGACGCUGAGGCGCAGUGGGUGGAGGUUCCAAGAGCUUUAGUGAUCUAUGUCUGCUUCUUCAAAGGUGCUGAAGAAGACCUUCUACCUAAAAUGGUUAGCACACUCUUGAAUGUGAAAUUAAGUGAGACUGAAAAUGGCAAGCUUGUCUCUAUAUUGGAUCUACCUGGGAACAUUCUCAUCAUCCCUCAAGCCACCCUUGGAGGAAAAGUGAAAGGAAGAAGCAUGCAGUACCACAAUAACUCUGGAAAAGAAGAAGGAUUAACGCUUUAUUCUCAGUUUGUGACUCUAUGUGAAAAGGAGCUUGCUGCUAAUAGUAAAUGUGCUGAAGCUGGUAUGGUGGUAAAGCAUGGAACUUAUGGGAACAGACAAGUGUUAAAGCUUGAUACCAAUGGACCCUACACACACCUGAUUGAAUUUUGAAAAGGCCUCAUCAGUUUGUACAACAGUUUUCUAGGGUGAAAUGGUCAGGACUGGAAUUGCUGGAGGGUUUUCUUUUUUUUCUUUUUUUUUUCAUUAAAUGUCAUUAUAAUGUUUUGCCACAUUUUGACAUUUAGAAGGACUGGUAUCGGGGAAGCUAGAUGGUACAGUAGAUAGAGCAUCGGCCCUGGAGUCAGGAGUACCUGAGUUCAAAUCCGGCCUCAGACACUUGACACUUACUAGCUGUGUGACCCUGGGCAAAUCACUUAACCCCCAUUGCCCCACCAAAAACAAACAAACAACAAAAAAAAAGAAGGACUGGUAUCUCCAUUGAAUAGAGUGGCUUAUAGUUGGGUUAUAGUUUCAGAUCUGCUGGCUUGGGCAACUUGGCUAUAUGGAAAUUGAAUUCAGGGGCAGCUAGGUGGUGCAGUGGAUAAAGCACUGGCCCUGAAUUCAGGAGGACCUGAGUUCAAAUCAGGCCUCAGACACUUGACAUUUACUAGCUGUGUGACCAUGGGCAAGUCACUUAACCCUCAUUGCCCUGCCAAAAAAAAAAAGAAAGAAAGAAAGAAAGAAACUGAAUUCAUAAACCUUAACCUCAUUCUACCGUCCUUUUAAAAAUGCUUUCAGUUGGUUUCACAGUGAUGUUCUGAAGAGACUCUUGCAACAUUAUUUUCCAUUGUGGUGAAUAAAAACUUAUGGGAUCACCCUAAAUUUCCUAGGUUUAGGGAAAUUUAGCUGGGGUUUAUCAUAUAUUUGUUACUUAAAAAUUAGAGGCUACUGUACCAGUUUGGGGGCAUUAAGCAUUUAUUAAAGCAUAUUAAAUAUUAAUAAAGAGAGUGCACAUGGCUCUGAAAGAUAAGAAAGCCUAGCUAGGAAAGAGAAGAGAGAACUGCACUGUGUUCCUCCCCUCCCACGAGGGGAGUCAUUGUAUAAGUUUCCUGCAGACCUGAGGAGAGCCCAUCCUUACACUUGCUCAAAGCGAAUUGGCUAGCAUCAUUCAAAUCUAUUGGUUCAUUGGAUUUGAGGGUAGUCCAGAGCAGUGCGUGCUAAUGUCAGGGUAUGGAGCCCUCCUAGGGGAAAAAAACUUCAGGUGGGUUCACAGUCUCAGGCCCCAUUUAACUGACUCUGGGCAAGUCUUAAAAGGUCAGGCAGUUAGGUCCUUGAGUGAGGGGGUCUCUGGGAGUCCCAAAACCCCAUUAUUUUCUCAUACCAUCCAAAUGAAAAAGAAUUAUUUUAAAAUUCAAAUUAUUGAACUGACAAAUUUUGUCCAGCCAAGGUAAACAUGUUGUUUAACUAUAAAAAUUAAGGUCUUGGAGCAGCUGGGUGGCACAGUAGAUAAAGCACUGGCCCUGGAUUCAAGAGGACCUAAGUUCAAGUCUGGCCUCACACACUUGACACUUAGUAGCUGUGUGACCCUGGGCAAGUCACUUAACCCUCAUUGCCCCACAAAAAAACAAACCAAAAAAAAAUAAUUAAGGUCUCUCCCAGAUUUCAAUGUUUUUAACAGACCCUACAUAUUUUGUGUUAUAAAAAAAAAUUACUACCUCCAUAAUGUCAUUGGUAUAGAUCAUCUUGCAGCAAUUAGGUGGUACAGUAGAUAGAGUGCUGGGUCUGAAGUCAAGAAGACCUGAAUUCAAAUAUGACCUUACACACUUACAGCUGUGUGACCCUGGGCAAGUCACUAAACCCUGCGUGCCUCAG